AUGGCCAUGUUCGGAGGAGAAGGCGGCGGUGGGUUCUCGGCGGGGUACCCAGCGACGGGGUACCCCCCGCUGGCGCCGUACGCGGCGGCGGCUACUCGGUGCCCGGGGGCGCCGCCGCCUAUGCAGGCGGGGUGGAGCGGGGAGGAGAACAGGAUCUUCGAGGGGGCGCUAGUCGAGUUCGGGGAGGGGAGGGCCGAUCGGUGGCAGCGGAUUGCGGAGCGGAUUCCGGGGAAGAGUCCGUGGGAGGUGGAGCAGCAGUACCGCCGCCUGGAGAAGGACGUCCUCGACAUCGAGGCCGGCAUCAUCGAUCCCCCUCUCUACGCCGACGACUGCCAGGACUUCGCCGGCGCCGGCGACCCAGAGCAGGGUCGCAUCUCCUUCUCUCGGCCGAGGGCCAAACCCGAGGAGCGCAAGAAGGGGGUCCCCUGGACGGAGGACGAGCACAAGUGAGCCCGAUUCAUUGAUCCAUUUAUCCAUUCUCUCUUUCUCUCUCUCUCUCUUCCCCCCCGAUUCAUUCAUCUAUUUAUCCAUUCUCUCUUUCUCUCUCUCUCUCUCUUCCUCGUGUAAAUUCCUCCCUUUCUCAUCGCAGGCGAUUCCUGGAAGGACUGGAGAAGUACGGGAAAGGGGACUGGAGGAGCAUCUCCAGGAACUCCGUCGUGACGCGGACGCCGACCCAGGUGGCCAGUCACGCUCAGAAGUACUUCCUCCGCCUGAACACCGAGGGCAAGAAGGAGCGGCGGCGCAGCAGCAUCCACGACGUCACCAGAACCUGA